ACUAGGUCUUCCUUGCAUCCAUGUGUGUUGCUCUGAUGCCUUAAACGUCGACAGAAGUUGGAGUACUACUGCGCAUGCGUACUCGGCAUGCUUCUGGAGUUUUGCAAGACUAGCGCUGUCUGAAACAAAAUGAUCAAACACGUCUUUUUGACAGGACCCCCUGGCGUGGGCAAGACCACACUAGUACAGAAGGUGUGUGAUGCUAUGAAAUCUGCGGAGGUGACCAUAAAUGGCUUUUACACCGAAGAAGUCAGGGCCGGAGGAAGGAGAGUUGGGUUCGACGUCGUCACUGUCUCGGGAGAGCGAGCACACCUGUCGAGAGUCGGAAAUGAUUCUGGUGCUUCAGCUGGAAGACGAGAGUACAGAGUUGGUCAGUAUGUGGUCGACCUGCCAUCGUUUGAAAACCUGGCUCUCCCUCUCUUCAGACAAGUUGGUGGUGGCUCUGAAGGUGACAGGCGGGUGUUCGUUAUCGAUGAGAUCGGGAAGAUGGAGCUCUUCAGCCAGGCUUUCAUACGUGCUGCGAGGCAGACCCUGGAUUGCAGUAACUGCUCCAUCCUUGGUACCAUCCCCAUUCCCAAGGGCAAACCACUAGGCCUGGUAGAGGAGGUGCGGGGGAGGGCAGAUGUAAAGGUCUUCACGAUUUCAAAGGAGAACAGAAAUACCAUUUUGCCAGAGAUUGUGGCAACACUACAGCAGUGUCUCAAGCAAGAAUCUUAACACCAGAAAAAUGGACUGAAACAUAUGAGGAGAUGUUUGUUUGCAUCCCGAGUAUCUUUGUUUUUUUACUAAAAAAAUAAUUUUAUUUUAUUUAUAUAAAGACAAAUUAUUAUUGUUAACCCCAGAAUGUGGGUAUUUAGUGCAGUGUUAAAUGCAAAAAAUGUAUGCAUGCAAUUAAGUUUUGCUCUUUUUUUUGCUCCCUCGUAUAGUGUCUCAGAAUGGAUUCUGACAUGAAUAAUUGAUUGAGACAACGAAGUUUGACAGCUGGACUAUUGUUUUUGAUGGAGACCUCUGUCUUUUCUGUUCUAAAUAGGGGGAGGGUAGAGUGUAGUCUAGGCAGUAUCUUCACCCUCAAACUGAAUGAGUUGUGGUUUAUAAAGAUCUGCUAUGUCUAGUUUUUCAUUUUGGAGUAUUUGUUUCUAAAGUCAGACCUUUGUGGAGGUCUCAUUCUUUCCUGUUAGAACCAAGAACCUAGAAUUAGGGAAGAUAAAUAAAUGAAUGAAUAAAUUAAUAUUUUAACAGACAAUUCCA